GGCUGGAUGCCAACCAGCGUAGUAGCCCACAUCGCAGCUUUCGAGCAGAACCGUCACCGCGUACAACCAACCAGGCAGCUUAGGGCCCCACCGCGAACACGGCGGUCACCGGCGGGCGCGCGGUUAAGACCGAGAGCCCUGCGUUUGACAAGAGCGAGCACCUAUGAGUGGGGUGCACUAGGGAACGGCUCACGUCUUUCGCAGUGACUUUCUUCCUGUGUUUCUCGUAGAUUACCCUGCGAAUAAAUGGGCGAUUUCUGCUCCGACUGGUUGCGGGAAAAUGAAGCGGCUCUGUCGGAAGCUGACUUUAUCGUUGGUGGUGCUCGUGUGGCUAGGGGCACUGGUCUACCUACUAAUGUUGAGUCGCAGGAAAGUGCCGGACCGGCGGAGUGAGGAGGACGCGCAUAGCAGAAAGAUCUCAGAUGCGGAGUGGGAUGACCUGCUGGAGGAGUUUGAAGAGAAGAGCUACUUGAGUGCCCAGAGAUGGAAGCCAGGAGAUGACCCCUACAAGCUUUAUGCCUUCAACCAGAGAGAGAGUGAGAGGAUCCCUAGCAACAGGGCCCUCAGAGACACACGACACUACAGGUGUACUACGCUUCACUAUAACCCUGACCUGCCUUCCACCUCCAUCAUCAUCACCUUUCACAACGAGGCUCGCUCCACCCUGCUACGCACUAUCAGGAGUGUGCUGAACCGGACCCCUGUUCACCUCAUCCAUGAGAUAAUCUUGGUGGAUGACUUCAGUGACGAUGCAAACGACUGCCUUCUACUCACCAAGCUGCCAAAAGUCAAGUGUCUUCGCAAUGACAAAAGAGAAGGUCUGAUUCGCUCGCGGGUGCGGGGGGCAGACCAUGCCUCCGCAGGGGUUCUCACUUUCCUGGACAGCCACUGUGAAGUCAACAAAGACUGGCUUCCCCCCCUGCUGAACAGGAUCAAAGAGGACCCUAGCUGCGUGGUCAGUCCAGUCAUCGACAUCAUCAACAUGGACACCUUUGCCUACGUAGCAGCAUCCUCAGACCUCCGCGGAGGGUUUGACUGGAGUCUCCAUUUCAAGUGGGAGCAGUUGUCUGCAGAGCAGCGCACCCAGAGAGCUGACCCCACCGAACUUAUUAAAACUCCCAUCAUUGCUGGCGGCCUGUUUGUGAUUGACAGGUCAUGGUUCAAUCACCUGGGGAAGUACGACACAGCCAUGGAUAUCUGGGGGGGGGAAAACUUCGAGAUUUCGUUCCGGGUGUGGAUGUGUGGGGGGAGUCUAGAGAUCGUCCCCUGUAGCAGAGUGGGCCACGUCUUCAGGAAGAAACACCCAUAUAUCUUCCCAGAGGGCAAUGCCAACACAUACAUCAAGAACACGCGACGCACGGCCGAGGUGUGGAUGGAUGAGUUCAGGCUGUUCUACUACUCAGCUCGCCCAGCGGCUCGCGGCAAAUCCUACGGAGAUAUCCGAGGCAGGGAGGAGCUGCGCAAGAGGCUCAAGUGCAAAACCUUCAAGUGGUAUCUGGACAACGUCUAUCCCGAGCUCAAGGUGCCAGACGAUUCAGACUCCAAGUCGGGCGUGGUCCGCCAGAGGCAGAACUGCCUGGAGUCCAGGAGCGAUGAGGGGCAGGAGCUGCCCGUUCUGACCCUGGUACCGUGCAUAGGCACCAAGGCUGUACCCGCCAUCAACCAGGAGUGGAUCUACACACACGGACAGCAGAUCCGGCAGCAGCAACACUGCCUGUCUCUCUCCACCACCUUCCCCGCCUCCCAGGUGCAGCUCAUGCCCUGCAACAUGGGCGACGGGAAACAGCGCUGGCAGAAGUCUGGGACCCAUCUGGAACACCUGGCCUCCCACUUCUGUCUGGACAGUGAGAUGGCUCUGGACGGCCUGGACAGCAGCCGUAUGCUGGUCAUCAGCCCCUGUGAACUCACUGCCUACACCCAGAGAUGGGAGGUGCCCUUCUCAUGACCUCUGACGUUUGUUGCCACCUUUGCACUGCGGCAGUCUGGGAAACACAGUUUCUUUUCAGCACGACAGCGGAACUACAACUGUUGUGCCUAGAAGGCUACUAUAACUAAGGGCUUGGAGAGGAAGAGGGGGAGAAAUUGAGAGAGAGACACAGAGAGAAAAAGAGGGAGAGGGGAGAGAAAAGGAAAGGGAGGGAACAGAGAUAUUUAUAAGUGACAGAAAAGUGAAGAGGAUUAGAUUGACUUUCUUCUUCUCUACUGUCUCCUAUUUGACAGAGAUACUCAUGAGAUGUCAGGAACUGUGCUUGGUGUCACCGAGCAGCACGCUGUUUCAAACGUUUCCAUGUCUGUCACUGAAGCCCUGGAAUCCCUGUUGAAGACCUAACUACAUCUUAUCCAGCGAUUGAUGGUUCAGAAGUCUGACACUGUAGGAAAGUGUUGCUAUGGGGCCAUUUUGAAUAGGAGGUUAAGGGAGGUCUAAUGACUGAUUUUGAUAUCCAUUUUUGGGUUUCUGAAAAUAAGGUUUCAUAACUUUAAUUUCAUGUUACUGAAAUGGUGGUUUCAUUUACAUAUGAUUGCAGUGACCUGACUGCUAAAUGCAGACAACACACACACCUAUCUGCUGUUGUAUUUUACUGGAAAUCAAAUAAAAUAUGGCAAGUGAAUCUCUCCUUACCUUGAUAAUUACUUAAAUGAUAUGGGUGAAUACAGGUAAAGUGGGACACUUUUAGAAAAAUUGCUUUGUAUGUAACUUUCUUCCAUGAAUGCAUCGCCACAUAAUCAAACAUGAUACAUUUAUGAAAAGCUUUAAGUCUCCCUUAAACUCUUCAUAAGGAAAAAACAUGCAACACCAAACACAGGAAGCGUGACCCUUCUUUGAAACUCUUCUGACCAAACCCCACAUUUUUUCAUGUGAUAUUGAUAAAGUGGGACCAAUACUGUCAAAGUGGGACAGCUUUACUGUCGACCGUA